AUGCAAAUUAGCGGUAUAAUAACUGCAAACAGCUAAUACGUGUAGCAGUUAAUUACGAUAACAGUUAACAAUUAUUCGUUGUUUAACACGACCUGUAUUGUUUCUUACGAACUCAAUUUAUGUUUAAAAUUUCUAAAUCGAGAAUUUUCGUUUGUGUUAAUUAUUACUGUUUAUGUAUAAUAGAAACAGGUUUGAAAACCAUUUUGCAAGGGAAAAAUUGAGCAGUUACGUUUAAAAUGUUACCAGAAGAAUUGAUGUUGGAUAGUAUGUCUAGUAUCAAGACACUCUGUUUAAGCAGUAAUAUGUGUUCUGUUAAAACAGAAUACGAUACAAAGAUUAUAUUCCAUUGUUUAGGAAGAGACGUAAAUCAAAUGAAAGUUCUAAAUUUGGUAGGCGAUACAAUUGGUUAUUCGUCUCAUAAGGAUUUACCAGGUAUACCAUUUCGUAUUAUUAAAGCACCAGAAAAUGAAAUGUAUCCACAAAUUGGAGUUAAGACGGAUAAUAAUAUCAAAUUUUUUGAUCUGGAUGAAGGAAGAUUAAUGCUUGUAGAUAAACUCCUUGAGAAUGAUGAUGUUGAUACUAUUGUUAAUUGUGACUGGAAUCCUUGCGAUCCUAACAACAUAGUUACUAUGAAGAGUGAUAAUGAAUGCAUCAUCUGGGAUUACAUGAUGAAGUCUGUAAUUCGAAGAAUUACAUCUGAUAAUGUGGGUUUACCAUACAUAGUACACCAACCCAUUCCUCGAUUUGGUAAUGGUAUAAUGAAAGACGUUCUCAUUCAUCUUGAAACAAUGGGAAAUGUCGUAUUAAGUGAUAUAAAAAGUCCAAGAUCGCAGAGAGUCUAUAAUUUUACGGAUGAAAUUAUUCUAGGAAUGGAAUAUUCCGGUCUCAAUUCAGUUGUAUUUCGAAGCAGACAAGCUGUUACGUUAAUCGAUGUAAGAUUUAUGAAAAGAGAAUUCGAUUCGUACACGUCUCGGGACGAAAUAACCGAUUUCAGCGUACUACCAGAUUUUUCUGACGUGUACAUUAGUACUUCAACUGGUUCUAUAACUAAAUGGCUAGUAAUUUGUAAUAAAUAUUACAGAAUUAGAGAUUCUCGUUUUGUCCAUCGAAUUCAUUGUCCUCAGUCACAUCCGAAUAAUUUAAUAGCGGCAGUAAAAAGUGAAACUGGAUAUUCUAUUAACGUUUAUAAAUUAAAAGACACCUAUUCUUAUACUAAUACAUAGUUUUAAUUAUUUUUCUAUAGAAUUCUCACUUUAUAAUAAGAAUUCAGCUGGUAAACAUUGAAUAUCUGUGGUUUUUUGUUAUGUUUCUUUAUUGGGUAACUGUUUAAAUAUUGUAAAAUGUAGA